CGCCACCAGUAGUGAGAGAGAGAGAGAGAGAGAGAAUCCUGUCAGUUACACACCGGCGUCUGUUUUCCUCAAAUGAACCAUGGCUAAACAAACCUAAAGCUCAAUUUAGACUAUUAAAACCGCACAGACUCCCACUUUAAACAGCGAAUUAAAGGUAUAAGAAGUCCAAUAUUUGAGGGAAAAUGGUCGUGUUGCAGAAUGUUUCUCCUCCAAGAGAAGGAGUGAGACACGAAGAAGUGGACAUUACCGCCGUGCUGGACGGGAGAAGACUUGGGGCAGGAACUCUUUGCGUUGCCGAAAGUCGUGUGUCUUGGGUCGAUGGGUCUGGAGUAGGAUUUUCUCUAGAUUAUCCCUCCAUCAGCCUCCAUGCCAUCUCCCGUGACCUGAGCGCGUAUCCUGCAGAGCAUCUGUACGUGCAGGUCAACUCCAGGCAUCAAGAAGAUUCCAAGGAUGAUGAGGCGAAAGCCGAAGAGGAAGCAGACGGCAGUACCGACGACGACGGGGACGAUGACGACGACGACGACGACGACGACGUCUCUACGGGCGCGUUCACAGAGAUCCGCUUUGUCCCAAACGAUAAAGGAUCUCUGGAGAAGAUGUUCACGGCCAUGUCCGAAUGCCAAGCCCUGCAUCCCGAUCCGGACGACUCGGACUCCGAUUUCGACGGUGACGAGUAUGACGUCGAGGAGGCUGAGCAAGGCCAGAUCGAUCUGCCGACGUAUUACUCGUUUGAGGAGGGCAUGUCUCAGCUGACCAUGGAAGGCCAGGCCACAAUGCAGAACUCGGAAGGGGUGCUGGGUCAGUCCUCAUCCCCACAGUGUUGCAUGGCUGGAGUCAGGACCGAGGAUGCAGCAGCUGCACUCGAUGAUGAUGCAAAGACGGACUCGGGUGCCUUUGGAGUCUCGGGGCAGUUUGACGACGCUGAAGUCGACCACUGACGGAACAGAGAGCCUCUUGUUUCCUCUCGGCAGAAGCACUUGAAACGGAGCCGGAACGGGCUAGCAGGGGGAGACACUGAAUUGUGGAACAGAAGCCAAAGCACUGGGCCUUACGAAUGUUAAAUCACUAAAUCAUUGCACAGUUACUGGCUAACACCAGCCUUCCUUUUUGUGCUGACGACACUGUCAUAUCAGCAUUUCUGUGUAACUUUUGUAUUGACCUUUUCUUUUUUUUCUUUUUUUUUUUAAACUGACAAGGACCAGUGCGUACUAAUAUUUGCAUAUUAAAUAAAGCUAAAUGUAAUCUGC